AUGGACAAGGGGAAUUACACAGCUGUGACUGAGUUUUUUCUGAUUGGACUUUCUCAGUACCCAAGCCUCCAGAUGUUUCUUUAUAUGAUCUGCCUAGUGAUGUACCUGGUGAUCCUUUUGGGAAACAGCAUCCUCAUUAUCAUCAGUAUCUUGGAUCUCCGCCUUCACACUCCUAUGUAUUUUUUCCUUGGGAAUCUCUCCUUCCUAGAUAUCUGUUAUACAUCGGUCUCUGUUCCCCAAAUUCUGGCUAAUUUUAUGUCUGAGAGAAAAUCAAUUUCUUUCACUAGGUGUGUGCUUCAGAUGUUUAUGUCCCUUGGAUUAGGGUCCACAGAGUGUCUGCUGCUGGCAGUGAUGGCCUAUGACAGGUACAUUGCCAUCUGCAAUCCCCUAAGAUACACCAUCAUCAUGAAUAAGCUACUCUGUGUACAAAUGGCUGCUUGGACUUGGAUUGUAGGGUCUCUGAAUUCCCUGGCACAGACUAUGCUUGCUAUUAUGAUGCCUUUCUGUGGGAAUAUUAUUGAUCAUCUUACUUGUGAGAUCCUGGCCCUUCUCAAGCUUAUCUGUGUAGACAUCUCCCUCAAUGUAUUUAUCAUGACAAUUGCAAGUAUCAUUUUCUUAAUAAGUCCUCUACUGUUCAUUUUCUUCUCUUAUGUUUUCAUCCUCUCCGCUAUUCUGAGGAUCAGCUCUAGUGAGGGGAGGAAAAAAGCCUUUUCCACCUGCUCAGCCCACCUAACUGUGGUGAUCUUGUUCUAUGGGUCAGCUCUUUUCAUGUACAUGAAGCCCAAGUCCAAGGACACAAAGACUUCAGAUGAGAUCAUUGCACUAUCCUAUGGAGUAGUGACCCCAAUGCUGAAUCCCAUCAUCUACAGCUUAAGAAAUAAAGAGGUGAAAGGGGCUAUGAAGAAAGUUCUUUUUAGAAAUCUCUUCUUGAGAAAAAUAUGA